AUGUUGUCCGCACCCAUCAGUCUCCCUACCGUCUUCGCAGGCGCUGCCGUCAUCUUCCUCUUCGCUCUCGCUCUGUACCCUUCCUCACUGUUGCGCUGGUUCCAGCGCAAGCGCUAUCAAUAUGAAGUUACCUUUUCGCUGUACAUGCUGACCCCCACCGAGAAGUUCAUCUUCACCAUGGUCUCGAUCGCCGUCGCAUUAUAUCUGCCCCGUCAUGUCAGAAUCAUUGCACACCGUGCCUAUUACUACGUCUCGGGAGAUCUGGUAAAGAAUGGCACAACCAGUGGCGUCCUGGGCACGACAGCCGACAUCUUGACACCCACUACGGUUGCUGAGGCUGCUGGCAGUGCUUGA